CCCCUCCCCUCUCCACCCUCCACUCCACCACCACCUCCUCCUCCUCCUCCUCUGCGCUGAGAGAAAGAAAAAACACCCCAGAGUGUGACAUGGGAGAGAAAUAAUAAUAAAAAAAGCCCCCGCGGGACACAUGUUGGGACGACUGGCUUCCUGGCGGUGCGUGUAGGUGAGCUGCUCCGCGCGUUGCGCGUCCUCGCGGGAUGAAUGUGUGCCGCCGCGCGCCGCUUUGAUGUUGAUAUUCAGGCCCGGGAUGCGACGCGCAGACGGGAUCCAUCAAAACAAUGUCCGGCUGAAGUUUCCACUCCGCUCCGCCUCGGCGCACCGGUGCGUGCGCGCGUGUGUUUUAUAUACGUGUAUCUCCACGGCUUGUCUUCUUCUCGGGUCUACUUCUGGUAGGAAUGCAUUUACAACAUCUUUUUUUCUCGUUUUGCGACAUUUUUUCAUCCAAGAAGGGGUUUCUUUGCGCUGUUUGCGGGGCGGGAAGUGUGAAGGCAGCGAAGGGAGGGAGCGAGGGAGCGAGGGAGGGAGGGAGGGAGAAAGGACAGGCGAUGUUUAUUAUGCCGAUUGUUGCCGAGCUAUUUUUAGUGCGCGGCCGAGCCUCAAGGCUUUAACGCGACACACGGCGUGCUAACGCGCUACUAUUGCCGCACGGCCGCGUUAUUGGAGAGGGAAAAGUCGCAAAAACCGAAGACGCAGGCCUGCGUUGCCAGACAACGAGCUGGCUCUUUGAUUGGAGCAGCCAAACCAAAAGCCUCAUGGGGAUUGGCUGCUGCCACCGGACGUCUGCUUCCUGUUUCCAGCUUCGAAAGAACGUUGGAUCAACCUGAAAACACACACACACACACACACACACUUCUGGAUAGCCACAGCGUUGGCAUGAUUGCCGCUCCCUGAUUGCCAUCUUGUAAAUCACACCUCCUCCUACAAAUACACACACCGAGCCGGGCGCUCGCCUCCCCCGUACGGCGCGGCCCGCCGCCCGCCUGACCACCGACCUGUCAGCGAUGACAUCACACAGCCACCAAGAGGGGAUCCUGGGGAAGGAGCAGCCGCUGGAGGUUCUGAAGACGUCGGCGCUCAACCACAUCCCAACAGUGGACAUCAACUCGGCGCUGCCCCUGCGUCUCCCUCCGGCCGCCAUCCCCAUGGACCUGCGCGUGGACCACCACCACCACCAGCAGCAGCAGCAGCAGCAGCCGGUGUCCUCGCUCUCCCCGUCCGGUCAGCAGUCGCCCGGCCCGGGGUUGCUGGGGGGCUCGUGCCCGGCCGGCGGGGGCGUGCGCGAGCAGCAGCUGCAGCAGGAGCUGCUGACCCUGAAGCAGAAGCAGCAGAUCCAGAGGCAGAUCCUCAUCGCCGAGUUCCAGCGGCAGCACGAACAGCUCUCCCGCCAGCACGAGGUCCAGAUCCAGGAACACAUCACGCAGCAACAAGAGCUUCUGGCCUUGAAGCACCAGCAGGAGCUGCUGGAGCAUCAGAGGAAGAUGGAGAACCACCGUCUGGAGCAGGAGCUGGAGAAGCAGCAGAGGGAGCAGAAGCUGCUGCUGCUGAAGAACAAGGAGAGAGGACAGGAGAGCGCCGUGGCGAGCACCGAGGUGAAGAUGCGGCUGCAGGAGUUCGUCCUGAACAAGAAGAAGGCCCUGGCCCAGCGCAGCCUCAACCAGGGAGGCCUCCACAACGACGCUCCCUACUGGUACCGAAAAACACAGCACAGCUCUCUGGACCAGCCACCACAGACUGGUUUGUCCACCUACAACCACCCUGUGCUGGGUGUCUACAACCCCCGGGAUGACUUCCCACUGCGAAAGACUGCCUCGGAGCCCAACCUGAAGCUGCGCUCGCGGCUGAAGCAGAAGGUGAGCGAGCGGAGGAGCAGUCCGCUGCUGCGGCGCCGGGACAGCCCCAUCACCACCGCCAAGAAGCGCUCGCUCGACAUGGCCGACUCUGCGUGUAGCAGCGCCCCCGGCUCGGGCCCAAGCUCCCCGAAUAACAGCUCCAUCAACAUUCCCAAUGAGAACGGCAUCACCGUGUCAGUCUCCAACACGGAGGCGUCUCUGGCCCAGAGGCUGUGCAGCGGCGCCGAGCGGGGCUCCGUUAACCAGCUGUCCCUGUACACUUCGCCAUCCUUGCCAAACAUCACCCUGGGGCUGCCCGCCACCGCCACCGCUGCUUCCAACGUGACCUCGGCGCAGCAGGAUGGAAGUCUGCAGCCGGCCCUCUCCCUCAGCCCUCCCUUCCUCUCCGGCGGCCACUUGACCGCCUACCUGGCCGAGGCUGUAGCCGGAACGGGCGGGCACGGCGCCCACAGUCCACUGCUUCAACACAUGGUGCUCAUGGAGCAGAGCCCGGCACAGAGCCCCCUGGUGACAGGUGUGAGCGGCCUGUCGAUGUUGCCGGCGGCGUCCAUGGCCAAGCUGCAGCGGCAGCACCGGCCCCUGGGGCGGACCCAGUCGGCCCCCUUGCCCCAGGGGAGCGCCGCGCAGGCUCACGCCCAGGCCCUGGCCCUGCAGCAGCUGGUGGUCCAGCAGCAGCACCAGCAGUUUUUGGAGAAGCACAAGCAGCAUUUCCAGCAGCAGCAGCUCCACCUCAACAAGAUGAUGACCAAGCCCAGCGAGUCGCCCGUGGGCCGCCAGCACCAGAGCCACCCGGAGGAGACGGAGGAGGAGCUGAGGGAGCACCAGGACGGAGGGGCUCUGCCGCCGGGGGUCACCAUCAAGCAGGAGCCCCCCGACCCGCAGGAGCUGCAGGAGGAGGCGCUGCUGCAGCAGCACAGGGAGAGGCUGGCCGAGCAGGAGCUGCUCUUCAGACAGCAGGCCCUGUUGUUGGAGCAGCAGCGGAUUCAUCAGCUGAGAAACUAUCAGGCCUCCAUGGAGGCGGCCGGCCUGUCCAUCUCCUUCCCGGGACACCGCCCCCUGUCCAGGGCCCAGUCGUCUCCGGCCUCGGCCUCCUUCCCGAUCAGCGUCCCGGCCAUCGAGCCGCCCGUCAAACCCCGCUUCACCACAGGCCUGGUGUACGACUCUCUAAUGCAGAAGCACCAGUGUAUGUGUGGAAACACCAACAGCCACCCGGAGCACGCGGGCCGGAUUCAGAGCAUCUGGUCCCGGCUGCAGGAGACCGGACUGCGAGCGCACUGUGAGUGUAUCCGUGGGCGGAAAGCCACUCUGGAAGAGCUGCAGACGGUUCACUCUGAAGCCCACGUCCUGCUGUACGGGACCAACCCACUCCGCCAGAAACUUGAUUGUUCAGUCACUCCCGUGUUCGUUCGUCUCCCGUGUGGAGGGGUGGGGGUGGACAGCGAUACCAUUUGGAACGAGGUGCACUCCUCCAGCGCGGCGCGGCUCGCCGUCGGCUCCGUGGUGGAACUGGUUUUCAAAGUGGCCACCGGAGAGCUGAAGAACGGUUUCGCCGUGGUCCGCCCCCCCGGCCACCACGCCGAGGAGAGCACUCCCAUGGGCUUCUGCUACUUCAACUCUGUGGCCAUCGCAGCCAAGCUGCUGCAGCAGAGACUCAGCAUCACCAAGAUCCUCAUCGUGGACUGGGACGUUCACCACGGCAACGGCACCCAGCAAGCGUUCUACGAUGACCCCAACGUCCUCUACCUGUCCAUUCAUCGCUACGACGACGGCAACUUCUUCCCUGGAAGCGGAGCGCCUGACGAGGUGGGCAGCGGGCCCGGAGUCGGGUUCACCGUCAACGUCGCCUUCACCGGAGGCCUCGAUCCACCCAUGGGAGACGUGGAGUACCUGGCAGCCUUCAGGUCCGUGGUGAUGCCCAUCGCCAACGAGUUUGCCCCGGACAUUGUGCUGGUCUCCUCUGGCUUCGACGCUGUGGAGGGACACCCUCCCCCACUGGGCGGCUACACUUUGACGUCUAAAUGUUUUGGCUAUCUGACCAAGCAGCUGAUGACCCUCGCCGGAAGCCGGGUGGUCCUGGCUCUGGAGGGGGGUCACGACCUCACCGCCAUCUGCGACGCCUCCGAGGCCUGCGUGGCCGCGCUGCUCGGCCAGGAGCUGGACCCGCUGCCGAAGUCCGUCCUGGAGCAGAGGCCCAACCCCAACGCUGUCCGCUCUCUGGAGAAGGUUCUGGAGACUCACAGUAAGUACUGGUGCUCGGUGAAUCGCUGCUCGGCGCUGCUGGGGCUUUCUCUGCUGGAGGCCAAACGAGGAGACUCGGAGGAGGCCGAAGCCGUCAGCGCCAUGGCCUCCCUGUCUGUGGCCAACAGCAACGCCAUGGCUCUAAGCAGGCCAGAGGAGGAACCCAUGGAAGAGGAGGAACCGCUGUAACCGAGGGAAACACGAGGGUGUCACACUGUUACCAUUGACCUCUCCGGAGAAGAGUCUCGACUGCUUCCCUUCAUUUAGUUCCCCCGAACCCCACUCACCACGUCAGUCGCAUUGAUUGGCGGCCCCUCGGCCAAAGAAAAAACGAGGGAGAGGGGGUGGGCUCAGCCUCAGAGUAGGGAGCCAAUCAGGAGACAAGAGGACUGAAUUGAAAAAAAAAAUUAGACAUAACAGCGCUGCUUGGCGGCACUCGCUCAGAGACACUCUUUUCUUUCUCUCUGUUAGCCGCCGUUGCCCCCACCGUCGGCCCACGGCGGCUAACCAAGUGACCGAGGCAGCGGGGAGAGGGCGAGCGUAUUUGGAGUCGGGGGCCGAGAUCCGGUCUCGACCGCGGACCGGCGCGAUGAACCGCAGAAACAUGCGGCGCUUUACACGGCUGACCUCUGGCCCCCGAGGACGCCGAUGGGACGGCAGACGUUCCCAGCCGCCAAUCGCAGCUCGGGAGUUUCUUUUUUUCUCUUUUCCCGACCGAGAUACUAUUAUAUGAUACGAUGCGUUCACUGUGGACUUUGGUAAGCCCGAAGUUUGAGUCGGCCUUUGCAAAGAUUUGAUUACGAGACCGUCACCUCGCCGGACCGGCCUGCUGUCGGCGGGGUCGACGAGUGAGAGGAGUGCCUUGGUGAGGGUCCGCUGGAUUUCAGGAUUGUUCAGGAAAAGAUUGCCUUAAGUAAAAAAACAAAAAAAAGAAGAGAUUUCUCUCGCCGAGGAAUCGAGGUGCGAGGAGGGGUAGGGUGGGGGUGGGGGGGGGGGCGAGAAUGACAAAAAUAAAGCAAACAAUCUUUCAGCAUGUUUACGAACGUGACGACGACAACCUUUAUGCGUCUCACAGCCUCUCUCGUGAAGAGUUACUUUACUUUUGGAUGGAUCUAUUUUUCUGUAAAACACAAAAUUGACAAAAGAUAACCCGCUUUGUAAAAAAAAGAAAAAAGGUAGUUGCCAGCUUCAGUAGAAAGCUGGCGCAGGACACGGAGACCUUCAAACAAACAAUGGAAAUCGGAUUGAAAACUGUCCAAAAAAAGGUUCAGCCUUUGAUGUAGCUUCCCUUUAACUGAAGCCGUUGCUUUGUAGACAUGAAGCACGGCGUUGGAGGAGCGGAGACACCGGACGUUUUCUUUUUGCAAGAUUUUCGUGAAUGUUAUCCAAAAGAGGAAAGCCAAGCAAGAAAAGCCAAAGCAUGAGUUUUUGCAUUUACAGUAAUACUUUCACUCCACUUAGCCGGCAAGUGCACAAACAUUUUCUCGUAUUGGCCCUUUCAGAAAAAAAGGCUCCCAGUACCCAGUUCAAUGUUUACUGAUUUGAUCCUCACGCAUCGGAGUGAGCGUUUUGGUGCCGAUCGGCCGGUUGGCAACUACCUUGGUUGCCGGUGUGAGCGCAACAUUGGUACAUGUAUAUUGAAUUGAAUAUAUUUUGAGGGGCAGCAAUCGAGUGCUGCCUGUUUGUAUCUACAUGUAUGAUUUCCACAUCAAGUUGUCGAUUUUACAAUAUAAAAAAAAAACUGUUUGGUAAGCGUGUCCACUUUUUAUUUUUUAUUGUAUAAGAUUAUUUUUCUAACUUUUCAUCCAUAGAUUUUGUUCCGUGUUUUUAUCCGUUUUCUGGAUAGUUAUAGGGCUGCCAUUCACCAACUUAGUACUAUUGUCACUUCUUCAACACUUUCUUUCUUGUAUUUAUCAAAAAUAAGGAGCAACUCUUUAUUUCUUUCUUUCUUUCUACGGGCUCUCUCGGCCCUUCUGCAUUUUCAUCAAUCGUGUAUUUAUAACAUGUAACUGUUUAUAGAAGAUUUGUAUAUGGAAAAUUUAUAAAUGUACUCUAACUAAAUGACAGCUAUGAUAUUGUGAGUGUAAAAAACAGAACUGUGUACGAUAUGACUCCAUGAACUUCAACGCAAGGGGAAAAGAUAGCAGCGUAUUUCACUCGUCGUCGACUGCGGUUUUCAAGUCGCCCUCCAGUGAGACGAGGUCGUCGAGCGCCACUGCGAUUGACUUUUGAAUGCCUUCAGAGUAAAACGUUUGAUCACUUCGUUGCCUAACUGAUACAUUUUUCCUCUCGUGCGUCGGGCGAUAAUGCACUUACCUUUCGACUGUGACAACAUCACGCAUCCCAAAGAGAGGGUUUCGAGGCCGUUUUAUGUAGCUAGCUGAGUUUUUCUCGGCGGGAAAAAGAGGAGGAGGAGACACGGGUGUCAAAGGAAGUGGAGUUUUGAACGAGUACGAGGAGGAAGAAACAUCAGCCGGUGAUUUAGAUGUCUCUUCCUGAGAGUGUGUUACACUAUAAUGUUUAGGUGUCCAUGGCAUCGGUGUCUCCUUCUUCCCAUUUCCCCGCUUCAAUUCAACUGAUCUGACACCAGUACGACGUUGAAAUUAUCCCCAUCAGUCAACUGCUUUGUUCCACCUGAUUUAAAGACAACUCUCAUGUUUAAAUUAUCAUUUUAGAAACUUGUAAAAUUUUAGACUGAUUUUUGUCAUCUCUAACAAAACAUUCCACUUGUUACUCGUUUAAUUUGGCUUAACUUUUUUAAUUUUAAUGUCUUUUUUUUGUUGAAACUUUAACACGACUCUUUCUUUCUAUUUUGCUGCCAUCUGCUCGCGCCAACUUUAACUCUUUGCAUGGUUUGUGAGUCAGCAUGCCUGCUUGUCUAUGUAACAAAAAUGUAUUUGCACAAAAGAAGAAGAACACUGGAGGACUUAGAAGAAAAAGAAGAAGAAGAAGGAGGAGGUGGAGGAGGAGGAGGAGAAGAAGAAGAAAUAACACAUGACAACUCCCAAGAGCAACAGGCAGGGCGGUUUUCUUCCUCUGUGGUUCGAAAAACAACUCAAGAGACUUUGUCCAAAACUACUCCACUGAGAAAACAUUUUGAUAUUGUUCUUAUUGAAUAUCAUUUCCAAUAAGUGAUUUGAACAUGAUUCAGCACUUCCAACAUGUAUUGACUGUGUUAGAGAGAAACAUGCUCAGCCAAACCUCUGCCAUGCACCCACAACUUCACAAGACUCUCCCAAAGAAUGUUCAUCUUUCAAAGAUCUUUGAAGGGGCACUACUACGGUGGAGAUGAUGGCGAAUAUCGGUUUGGGAAAGGUUUGGAGAAAAGGGCAACGUCGUUUGAUUGUCACACCCACCUCGGCCAGUUAUAUAUUUACAUAUAUAUAUAUAAAUAUAUAUAUAACCACUGUGGCUCAAGAGCAAUUCUUGGUUUACAUGUAAAUGGAUAAAAAACCGUUAUUUUUUGUUUGUUGUUUGUCUCUAUUGAUGAAAAAUUGUAUCUUUCUUUGGGACCUACGCUUUGGACAUUUCAUCUCUGACAUCUAUAAAAUAUAUUUCUGAAAAAUACAA